GGCGAGGGGGGGCGGGAAGGAGCCGGCGGUGGACGCGGCCCCGGGGCCCAGCGCCGCGUUCCGCCUCCUGGUGACUCGGCGGGAGCCGGCCGUGAAGCUGCAGUAUGCGGUGAGCGGCCUGGAGCCGCUGGCGUGGUCCGAGGACCACCGCGUGUCCGUGUCCACGGCCCGCAGCAUCGCUGUGCUGGAGCUCAUCUGCGACGUGCACAACCCGGGCCAGGACCUGGUUAUCCACCGCACGUCGGUGCCCGCGCCUCUCAACAGCUGCCUCCUCAAAGUGGGCUCAAAAACAGAAGUUGCUGAGUGUAAGGAGAAAUUUGCCACCUCCAAAGACCCCACAGUCAGUCAGACUUUCAUGUUGGAUAGGGUGUUCAACCCUGAGGGGAAGGCGUUGCCACCAAUGAGAGGAUUCAAAUACACCAGCUGGUCCCCCAUGGGUUGUGAUGCCAACGGCAGGUGCCUCUUGGCAGCACUGACCAUGGACAAUCGCCUGACCAUCCAGGCUAACCUCAACAGACUGCAGUGGGUCCAGCUGGUCGAUCUGACUGAGAUUUAUGGAGAACGUCUUUAUGAGACCAGUUACAGACUCUCUAAAAGUGAGGCCCCAGAAGGGAAUCUCGGGGACUUUGCUGAGUUUCAGAGGAGGCACAGCAUGCAGACACCAGUCAGAAUGGAGUGGUCGGGCAUCUGUACCACUCAGCAGGUCAAGCACAACAAUGAGUGCCGCGACGUGGGCAGCGUGCUCCUGGCCGUCCUCUUUGAGAACGGGAACAUCGCCGUGUGGCAGUUUCAGCUCCCGUUUGUAGGAAAGGAAUCUAUCUCUUCCUGCAACACGAUCGAGUCUGGAAUCAGCUCUCCUAGUGUCCUGUUUUGGUGGGAGUACGAGCACAGCAACCGGAAGAUGAGCGGCCUCAUUGUGGGGAGUGCUUUUGGGCCCGUGAAAAUUCUCCCUGUCAACCUCAAAGCCGUUAAAGGCUACUUCACUCUGAGGCAGCCUGUCGUCUUGUGGAAAGAAAUGGACCAGUUGCCAGUACACAGCAUCAAGUGUGUCCCAUUGUAUCACCCUUACCAGAAGUGUAGUUGCAGCUUAGUGGUGGCUGCCAGAGGAUCCUAUGUGUUCUGGUGUCUUCUUCUGAUCUCCAAAGCAGGUCUGAAUGUUCACAAUUCUCACGUCACAGGCCUUCACUCGCUGCCCAUCGUCUCCAUGACGGCGGACAAGCAGAAUGGAACGGUGUAUACUUGUUCCAGUGACGGCAAGGUGAGGCAGCUGAUUCCCAUCUUCACAGACGUCGCGUUGAAGUUUGAGCACCAGCUGAUUAAACUCUCAGAUGUGUUCGGCUCGGUGAGGACACACGGGAUAGCAGUGAGCCCCUGCGGCGCGUACCUGGCCGUCAUUACAACCGAGGGCAUGGUCAAUGGCCUCCAUCCCGUUAACAAAAACUACCAGGUUCAGUUCGUUACUCUGAAAACCUUUGAAGAGGCAGCGGCUCAGCUUCUGGAAUCCUCAGUUCAGAAUCUCUUUAGGCAGGUAGAUUUAAUAGACCUAGUACGCUGGAAGAUUUUAAGAGACAAGCAUAUCCCUCAGUUUUUACAAGAAGCUUUGGAAAAAAAGAUUGAAAGCAGUGGGGCCACCUAUUACUGGCGUUUCAAACUCUUCCUCCUGAGGAUUUUGUAUCAGUCGAUGCAGAAAACCCCUUCAGAAGCCUUGUGGAAACCCACACACGAGGACUCAAAAGCCUUACUAGUGGACUCGCCCGGGAUGGGCAAUGCUGACGAUGAGCAGCAAGAAGAAGGCACGUCCUCCAGACAGGCGGCCAAGCAAGGCCUUCAGGAGAGGAGCAGGGAAGGUGACCCAGAGGACCCCACAGAUGACUCCCUCACUCCGUCUGGAGAUACUGGAGGCCGAGAGCCAAUGGAAGAGAAACUCCUUGAGAUCCAGGGGAAAAUCGAAGCCGUGGAGAUGCACUUGACCCGGGAGCACAUGAAGCGAGUCUUAGGAGAAGUGUACCUGCACACCUGGAUCACAGAAAACACCAGCAUCCCCACCAGGGGCCUCUGUAACUUUUUAAUGUCUGACGAAGAGUAUGAGGACAGAACAGCUCGGGUGCUGAUCGGACACAUCUCAAAGAAGAUGAACAAGCAGACGUUCCCCGAGCACUGUAGUUUGUGUAAAGAGAUCUUGCCGUUCACAGAUCGCAAGCAGGCAGUCUGCUCCAAUGGCCACAUUUGGCUCCGGUGCUUUUUAACCUACCAGUCCUGCCAGAGUUUGAUAUACAGAAGGUGUUUGCUGCAUGACAGCAUCGCCCGCCACCCAGCGCCGGAAGAUCCUGACUGGAUUAAGAGAUUGCUGCAAAGCCCCUGCCCCUUCUGUGAUUCUCCUGUCUUCUGAAUGUCAGUGACGGGAAGACAGGAAGGGCACAUGCUCUGUAUAGAAGAUGCCCUCCAGCCGGGAGGGACCGGGUGCGUGGGAGGAAGCCCGGCCUUCGCGGCAGGAGAGGUGCUCUUCAUGACUGUAAAUGGGGCCCUGGGAACUGCCUGCUGAAGUGCAGUCUCCAUCUCCAGGGACUAAAGGAUAUCUUUAGAAUGACGGAGUGUGGAGAUUUUAAGUCAUUUUGAGAUGAACAUUAACUCCCCACUCCUUACUCAGUGAGGAACACUUAUUUUUCAAGUGUCUUGAAGUGGCUUGAACAAAACGCAUGCCCUUUCAUUUCUCAGAGAGGACAACCUCUUCUAGGGAGUGUGGGUAAGGGCCUGCCUGGGCUGAGUUAGGCUUUCAUCCCGGCCUUGGUCUGGAACUGCCAUGUGGCUCCAGAGAGUUUCCGUGACCUGGUACGUGGCAUUCGGUGUUCCAGCAGAUACAAAAAGUGUCUAAAACAGCACGUGGGCCGGAUAUUUUGUUCUCAACAAAUAGGCACAGAUCUGCAUCCUGCCAAUUCCUGUUUUUCAUGGAUAUUGAAAACAUUUUCUUAAAACUACAUAUUUUUAAGAGGUUGAAGCCAAGACUAGAGUUGGUUUUAAUGUGUCAAAAGAUCAGGUGACUCUUACAGGUUAACAAUUGCGACUCAUUUUUAACGAUCUCUGCCAUGUCAUCAGAUCUCCUGCCUCCGGCUCCUUAAUGUGCAUGAGGAUGUCAAGUAUUCCAGUCCACCUGCAUCUCAUCCCUGCUUCAGACUUAACUGUGAUGACUGGGAGAGAUUUGUACAUAGAGGAAAAAGAAUAUUUUCUCCUUUUAGUAUUAAAUUAAAACACUUAGUAUUUCUAAUGUUGACAUUUCCAGACAUUUCAUUUAUAUCCCAUAUAGUGUGCACAGGAUCUAUCUAGAGACUUCCAGAAAGAGACGGACCACUCAGACGUGCGGACGCUUGAGCUCUGGUGCGGCAGGUGUGUGCAGCUCUGUUGACCAGAGCCUGGAGAUUCCUUCUCUCUGCAAAGGUCCUUGAUAUUUAUAAUACAGGUAUUUUCCUGUGGGCUGUUAAGAGGAGAUACUAGGCAUUAAUUGGUCUUAAAACCUGGGAUUAAAAAUAGACAUUCUGGAGCUACAGUGUUGUUGGAUUUUUAAAAUCAGUAUCCUAGGGAUUGGUGCUAACUACCAGGGCUGCAAUGCACGCAUCUUAAAGGGUGCAUAUUUCUGGAAAGUUGGAUGGGAAAUACAAAAUGUGAAAUUCUAGCUCAUACUACACACUAUUUUGCCUUUAUUCUAACACUUAUUACUGCUUUUAUUUUUGUAUCCUUAGUGAAAGGUCCUCUGUCCUCACUUGAGAAACGCUGUCAUUUGCAGGACGCAGCACGCGUGUAGUGCUCUUCCCCGCUCUGCCCCGUGGGCUGGAGACAGGAGCCCUUAAGAGGCACUUCCAGUCUGGUUUGAAAUGUCUUUUGUUUCUCAGUUUUUUGUUUUUGUCCCCUGUGUUUAAUUCUGUACUUGCUGAGUCUUCUGCUUAUCUUUUUCAUUUUUGUGGUAAUUUCAAGGAUCAUGUUUAUCCAGGUCUAGCGUGUUAAAUUGAUUGUCAAGGAGGAGAACCAGGCAGCAUUAAGAUCAUGAAUAACACAACUCAGAGAGCGGUGCAGCUGUGGUCGUUUGUGCCAAGACCUGUUUCACUUUAUCAUAAACAUGACAGUGAAGACUGCGAUCACGUCAAGGACUUACUGCAGUUUUCAUAGUCACGGCAUGCUUGGGUUCACUUGUUUCUUUAUUCCUAAUCAGAGGUAGUAGUUGAUUUGUUCUUAUGAGGGGAUUUUUUGCUGCUGCCACUUAAAACUUACAUUAAGUUUUUAUUUAAAGCAGUUAUGCAUUUUGGGAGAAAAUUUGACUCUCAGGAGUUAACUAAAAAGGAUCUCCCAAAUUCUUUUGUAUGUCUGUGUAGGAAUAAACAUGGCAACUGUUCUACUAGAACAUGGCUUCUGUCUGCAUGGGGCUGGGCCCCCUGGCGUUCUUCAGACUCUGAAAUCCAGCCAACACCUGCCUCAGCCCAGAUUUCCCCACAUGGAGUUGGGAGCCCUCACUCCCUUCCCUCGUACCCCCCACUCUGGCGGUUAACCCAUGGACCUGUGAGCACGGGAGAUUUUCAGUUACUGGUAGCAUCACAAACAGAGUGCCGUUCUGACUGUCACUAAGGGUCAGCAUACCUGGUGACAGCAUGCUGACCUGUGAAACCUUGAAGGGUGGAGUGACACCAGAAGCUUCAGACCAGUUGCCUGGUUCACACUUCCUGUAUGUACCCUCUGCACCUUCCUAACACCUGCCUGACCUGUUUAAGGGCUUUCAGGUUUAUUUCCACUGUCACUGUCUCCACGGGAACAGGAGAGGUGGCAGAAGUGAUGUCACCACUCUGCAUUAAGGCGCAAGAGCGCAGGUCCUGUACCACUAGACCUUUGAAGCUACGACACUGUUGCAUUUUGGGACUCUGAUAUCCACACCUGCAUCACAUCUUCUCUGUCCAGGGUUAAUUUGUUCCUACUAUUCUAGAUCAGAAGUUGAUAGCUUGUUACACUUGAUAUUCAUGAUGAAAUCCUCAUGUGUCCACUGCCCAGACUUCAGGCAGCCUCUGCCUACUGUUGUAUCUGCCACAACUACCCAUUAUUUUUCAGUGUCAGAAGUUACUAGAACCCCCGGCAGAGCUCGCGGCUGAGCGUGACAGUUUUCUGCCUCUCCCUCUAAGGAGUUCUGAGAGCGUUCACAUUGGAGCGUGUGGGUUAGUCCUGUGAGUAGAGAGCAUCACUGGUUAAUUAGGUUAAAAGAAUGUUAAAGGGUGAUAAUUAAAUAUUGAAAUAUAUCUGUUGUCAUUGUAAUGGUGCCAGGUAAGAUGCAAAAGAAAUCGAGGCCAGUUGGUGUUGUCAGGCGGAACACAGCUGGUUUUACGGGGCAUCUGCGGCCCUGGCAGCGUGUGUGCUGCAUCAGGGUUCGGGGAGUUGCCACAGCUCCUGAAAUGAAACCGGGAGUUACCAUCACUGUCCGAUUCCCACGGGGUCUCUCCAUCCUCUGUUCCUGACCUCGCUCCCUUGCUUCUCCUUCCAGGAGACGCCUCUCCAUCUCCAUCCCUGCAGUUCUCUCAGCUCUGCUGGGACGCCUUCCAAGCUAGCAGAUUUAAUGUUUGAAAGAAAACUAGGUUUGUGACCAAAUUUCUAAAGUCUAAAUAGCAUAGUGGGCCUCCCUUCCUAGAGGAAACUGUUAAACAGUAGCUUUUUCUUCCUAGAGGAAAUAUUGUCGGUUGUUAACAACUUGGUCAACUAUCUGGUUUUCUUCAAAAUUCUGAAUUCUGAUUUCCUUGUUAGAGAGCUCAACAGCUCCAGGCUGAACUUCGGGUGGAGUUUGCUAGAUUUCAGCCCCUCGCUACCACCUACCCCGCACCCCGAGCUGGUUAUUCCUGACGAGCAAAAACUCUGGUAUAUUCGAAGUCGGCAGGCCUGGAUUUUUUAAGGUAAAGAUAGGUUGCGCCCUUUUUCUUUCUGGGAUUGGGCGGCACAAACAGCACGUAGCCUGAUCGGUAGCCCGGCACAGGCUGCCCGUCUGCAGGUGCCUGCGGCCGAGGGUGGCCGUGGCCUCGCGCGCUGCCCCGCUCCCCAUGGCAUGGAGUUCAGCACUGCUGACCUCACAGCCUCUCGAGGGUCUGGCUCCUCCCCUCAGGGUUGUCGGGUUAUAAAAAUGCCUCUAAAGGGUCUAACUGAAGUGAGUGUUUUUACUUAAGCUAUUAGUGGAAAUAUCAGUUGGCAGCUCAAGCAGAGUUUCAGACCAGGUCUCAAGUCUCACAGUUACUAAGCUUUGAACUACUCUUUCUUGACGCUAAAAGAGGUUUUUGGAGUUAAGAUCGUCACAUUUGCUAACAUAUCUGGUGUUCAAACUGAUCUUGGAGCACGUGCGGUUUGACUGCCCUUAUAUUAAGUCAGAUUUGCAGAGUUGUUUCUGAAGACCACUCUUGCUGUAGCGUCACUGUCCUGAUGAACAGCAGGGUGUUGCAGAGGCUGUGAAUGCGAGGACUCACUGGCUAGUCUGAGUCUGGCAAAUAGGAUGCAGCCUCCCGUCUGCAUGUAUGGUUUCAGACGGCUGUUUCUGAAAACUUGCUUUGGAAAUACAUUUAGCAGGGGAGUGACUGUUUAUAAAGAUGUCCUGUAAAGAAAUUAAAUUUGGGUAUAUGAAUGUUUCUCCCCCAGCCUCUUUAUCUGAUAAGGUGAUUUAGCUUUUCUUACCUUGCCUUUUCUUGAAGUUACAACUGUUCUGUAGGGGAGAGUGAGGUCUACAAUCUGAGGUGAGUGUGUUUAGCACAGUAUUACAUGGUUUGCUAGAGGCUGUUGGGAGGGGCUGAAAGAGGGGGCUGAUACUUGCAAACUGACGUGAUAAAGGCUGUCUGGUUGAAAUACUGCAAAUGAGUCAGGGAGAACUGAAUUUCAGAACUCUGAAUCUUACAGUUACUUCUAAGGUAAAAUUUUGCUUACUUCACAAUCAUGAAAUCAUGUUUCAUGAAGAAAAACUCCUGUGACAUGGUUACAUUGGAUGGUGUUGGAGGUAGUGGUAAUGGCUUGGGAGCAUUUCAGACUUCCAUCAGUCUGACGUGUGGCUAACAAACUGGUGAGGUUUAGGGUGUUUUGUUUGGUUUUGGUACUAAUGCAGAAUUAAAUGCAAAAAAGUGAAUUAUGUCUUUUUAAAGACUUUGACUCAGAUUUGUACUUCAGUGUAUGAAAGGAAAGUGAAAAUCAACCUCGUGUACACAGAAAUAAGACUAUAUAGAAAAAUGAGUCUGUGUUGUGUAUGGUGAUAUAUUUUAUGUUUACCCAAUGCCUGUGCUAAUCUCUGUGCUUGGCUUCAAAUUAUGUGUCUGUUUACAUAUGACAUUUUCUGAAAUAAAAAGAACAGGCAUCUAAAAACUUAAGGUUACAGGGAGGAGAUGGUUUUUUUAAUUCUUACCAUCUGAUAAGGUGGUGUGUGUGUUUGACUUUCUGUGUUUAAAUGAAAAAAAAAACUUUUAAGAAUAAUAGCACGUUUUGCUUGGAACGCCCCCAUCUGGAAGAAUCAGCGGCUUCUCCGCAUUGUGCAUAUGUACGUAGCAUUCAUUAUUAGAUUGUAAGCUCCUCGAGGGCAGGAACUGUCGGUCUCGUCUUGGUAGUUCCUGCAGCACCUAAUGUAAGUGCCUUGCACAGAGUAGGUGCUCGCGAUACAGAGAAUGAGUAACUUCCCGCCACCUCGAAGAGGAAGCAUGGUUCACGCUUCCCAGGGCGUUCAAAACUGCAAAGAACUGAUGACCAGAGAGGGCGGAAUUCUUUCCUGGGCUUGAAGCAGACCAUGCUGUAUCCUUAGCACCCGUUGACCUUUCCCUGAAGAAAAGCCAGUGUCCUGAGCUUUUUAUCUGAUACGAGGGCAGAGUUUUCUGGGGAAAGGUUGAAGUGGGAAAGACUAUUGAGAAAACGAAAUGGAAGUUUUGGAGGGUGUUUGUCAGAUGCCACUCUGUGGGGCGACCCUAUUUCAAUUAUUACUAGAGAAAAAGGUAGCAGAUCCUCUUUCUUUACCAGUUGGCUGGUUGGCCAGUUUUCCAGUUAAUGAAAGAUCAUUGGUUUUUAGCUUUUUCCCAUUUUGGAUCCCCCUCAAUUGCUCUUAUGAUUCUAGUACUUAGAGAGUCUAUUCAAGCUGCUGUGAAUAUCCGGUGCUGUACAUAAUGGCAGUUUUGUAAAUGUGGAGUAACCUCAAUUAUGUUGUGUUUUGUAUGCAGAGCCACUAGUAUUGUUAUCUUGGCCACUUUUUUAUUCAAAAUAAAUAAAUAACUGAAUUAUUUGUA